AAAAUCCAUUUAUCUUAACGCGUUUUCCUCCACAUUACCCAGAUCUAAAACAAUUCUCUCCUCACAAAUAAAUCUCUCACUCAUCCUUUCUUUCAUUUUAAUCUUUCAACCAUUCUCCAAUCUUCUUCCUCUCUGCAUCCAUCUCUAAUCGAAUGUCCUUGCAGUUGAAAUCGCACAGAGCCUUUCGAAUUUCGGUGUAAGAAUUAGGGUUUCAACGAUGCCUUCGCUUCCCUUUGGACUCCUUCUUCGCCAUUUCGUCCCUUCCUUGCUCAUGUUCCACGCUGGAUCCUCCGCUAGUCGUCUUAAGCAUCUUGAAAAAAGUGAUCGGCGUUGUAGUCUUAGUUAACAUCACCUUUUCUUCAGUUUUCCUGCCUUUCUGAUUUUUUUCUCCGUCGAUCUUUUGUUCACGAAAUUCGGGAUCGAGACGUUUUUGACCGUUGUUUCUAUUACUGUUGUGUUGACUUCGAAGACCGCGAAAAUUUUGCAGCUGUAAUCGCCGUCGAUUAAUUAGAGCCUAAUACAAUUAAUGGGCACGCCUGCUGUUGUUAGUAAUGUACCAGGCUACAUCAUAAGUAAGCUUGAAGGUACCUUUAUUGAGUCACUGUAUAUACAAGAUGCUCUAAAGUUGGAACAAGCAUCUGAGUUGGAUCGUUUUGAUGAUUUUUACGUGGAGGAGGAGAAUUUAUGUGGAGGUUUUGAAACGCAAGAACCCAAAUUAGAGAUAAAGUGCUUGAAAGAUUGUUCAACGUUUAUGUGUCUUCCUUCAAGCUCUUCUGACGAGGAGACAGAUAAAUCAGUCGCCAAGCAAUCUCGUCAAAACUACUGCUCAGUAUCUUUGGAAGCUCCUGCAAAACUUGUAUCUGCCAUGAAGGGUAGCCGUGAGAAAGAAAGGGGAUCUCAAAUUAAAUUGACUGUGAAAUGGGCCCCUGAUGUGUAUGAUCCGGUACCUACAUUGUCAUCACAUACUGUUAAACACAAGAAACAUCAGAAACCCAGGAUGAGGAAGAGUGAAAAGAAAAAUGGAAAGAAGAGCCAGAAGGUGAGUUACUCUAGAAGAAGCAGCAGCAGCAGCAAAGAUAAACAGUAUCGAAACAGGUGGCUGCAUUCUGGUGAAGAAGUGUUUGAAGCUUCCACUGAAGUAGAUGAUCUUAAUGUUGCUAACCAUGAUUCCUAUUGUGCAACUAGCUACUUAAAAGCAUCAAUUACAAAGCUUCACUGGCCUAUUGGAGAAGCGCUGUAACGAGACUGCUGCAUAAAAAGUAAUUUUCUGUUCUGUUGUAUAAUGAAUAGAUUAACCAAGGCUGUUGGAAGCAGAAUAAUGAACUAUACAUAUCCUUUUUGUUAACUAAUUAGGCUUUUUGGAUAGCAUGGCUGGAAGAAUAUUUGCAUGAGCUUCUGCAUAGAUAGCUUUUAUUUUCAGUAGUCACAUGGUCCAAAGCCAUUGCAUUGCUUUCAUUUACAAAUCAGCAAUUCGGGAUUCCAUUGCCUCAAACACCAUUUACUUCGGUCUUCUUGGCAUUCACUUCUAGAUUUUUCAAUUCUAGUACAUAUAUCCAGACAUGCACUGCAAUCAAAGUUCGAUGAACAACGAGGGGGAAAAACUUUAUUCACUGCAGGGAACUCUCUGACUUCAGUCAUCUAAAAGUUAUAUUUUUUUGAAUGUAUUUUUAAUGCGAAAAAAUGUAUUAUGUUUUAUUCA